AAAUACACGUUUUUUUAAAAAAAAUAUAUGCUUUUAGAUUUCUGACUAAAUCCAAAGUCAACUCCUUGUCGGUUUCUAUAUACCAAAUGAUCGCCGGUGGAUGGAGUCAUGGAGGCGAACCGUCCGCAUCCCAAAUGCCGACCUCUCUCCUCCUCCUCCUCCUCCUCCCCCUCCUCCUCCUCGUCCUACCCCGGGCCUCCGUCGUCGCUGCAGUAGCCACCGAGUUCCUCUAUCCCAACUUCACUGUCUCUUAUUUCAACUUCAGCGAGUCCGGCGGCGUCUUCCUCAACUCGCCCGCCGCCGUCUUCUCCCUCACCAUCGCCGAUCCCACCAGACACAACGCCAGCUUCUACCUCUCCGUCCUCCACUCCGCCACCGGCAGCGUCGUCUGGUCUGCCAACCGCAACGCCUCCAUUCCCUCUGACGGCGUCGUCGCCCUCUCCAGCCACGGCCUCUCCAUCGCUCUCCCCGACAGCACCGUCGUAUGGACCACCCGAGUCCUCCCCUUAGCCGUGAGCGCCCUCCGCCUCCUUGAUUCCGGCAACCUCCUCCUCAUCGACGCCGCGAACGGCACCCUCUGGCAAUCGUUCGAUCACCCCACCGACACCCUCGUCUCCGGCCAAAAUCUCCCGGUGGGUUCACCACUCACGGCGUCUGUUUCCAGCACAAACUUCACGGAAGGGGAUUACGCUUUCGUCGUCACCCCCGGCGAUGCCUUGAUGACCUGGAAGGGCAGCCAGCGAUACUGGAGCCUCUCCACCGACGUCCGGUCGUUCAAGGAAUCCAACGCUGAGGUCGUCUCCAUGGCCACCAACGCGACUGGUCUCUAUUUGUUCUCCCUCGGGGGAGAGGUUGUCUUCGAGAUCUUUCUGCCGAGAUCGGACUUCCGGAUCCUGAAAUUGAACCACACCGGCGAGUUCCAAAUCGCCAGCUACGCCGCCCCCAAUUCCUCAACGAUCACGGGAAACGAGUUCGAGGCGCCAAGCAGCAAUUGCGACCUUCCCCGGUCCUGCCCUUCUCUUGCCAUCUGCAACGAAGGCAUCAAUUCAUCCACUUGUAGUUGUCCGACCAACUUCCAGGCUUUCAAUUCCGGAGUUUGCAUGCCGGCCGACGGAUCUCGGCUGCCCUCUUCAGCCUCCUGCGGCGACCUCUCCGCCAUCUCUUACAUAACGCUUGAGAGUGGAAUCGAGUACUUCGCCAACAAGUUCGCGAGCCCGACGACCUCCGGCGGCAACGUCUCCUCAUGCCAGAGUCUCUGCACGGGGAGCUGCUCCUGUUUGGGCUUCUUCUACAGGAACACUUCGCUCGCUUGCUUUCUCUUGCAACACCAGCUCGGUUCGUUCUUCGAGAGCAACGCAGUGGGGACUUCGACCACCAUCGGCUACAUCAAGACUCUAGUUUCUCGAUCGUCGACGCCGGAUCAUUCGAACGACCGCGCGAAGAAGACGCACUUGAUAGCGAUCUUGUUGCCCGCUGGGGCCUCUUUCCUUCUUGUUCUCGGAUCGGUUUCGACGUGGAUUAUUUGGCGCAAGAGGGGCGGCGCUACCCAGGGAUCGAAGGGGAUGAAAACAAGGGCGACGACGGCGGCGGCAUUGGGCGGCGGUGAAGGAGAUGAUUCACAGGACAACAUAGAGAUCUUGAUACCACGGCUGCCAACGAGGUUCACCUACGCGGAGCUGGAGGAGGCGACCGGGCACUUCGGGACCAAGAUCGGCUCCGGCGGAUUCGGAGUGGUGUACAAGGGGGAGCUCCAGGACAGGACGGAGGUGGCGGUGAAGAGGCUGGAGAACGUGGGGCUUCAUGGCCGGAAGGAGUUCUGCACCGAGAUCGCCAUCAUCGGCAACAUUCGGCAUGUGAACCUGGUCCGCCUCCGCGGGUUCUGCGCGCAGGGGAGCCGGCGGUUGCUGGUGUACGAGUACAUGAAUCGAGGCUCGCUGGACUGCCUGCUGUUCGGCCCCGGCCCGGCGCUGGAGUGGCAGGAGCGAGUGGAGAUCGCGGUAAGCGCCGCGAGAGGCCUGGCGUACCUCCACGGCGGGUGCGAGCACAAGAUCAUCCACUGCGACGUGAAGCCGGAGAACAUUCUGCUCCACGACGGCGGUCACGUCAAGAUCUCCGACUUCGGGUUGGCGAAGCUGCUGGCUCCGGAGCAGUCUGGAUUGUUCACGACGAUGCGGGGGACCCGGGGCUACCUAGCGCCGGAGUGGCUAACGAAUUCCGCCGUCACCGACCGGGCAGACGUGUACAGCUUUGGGAUAGUGCUGCUGGAGAUCGUGCGGGGGCGAAAGAACCUGUCGAGGGGCAACGAGGAGGAGCAGCAGCAGGAGGGGAGCUGGUCGGGCGAGUCGUCGGCCGGGGAGGAGGAGUACUUCCCCCUGACGGCGCUAGAGGGGCACCAGGAGGAGAGAUACCUGGAACUGGCGGACCCGAGGUUGGAAGGGCGGGUGAGGGAGGAGGAGGUGGCGCGGGUGGUGAAGGUCGCGCUUUGCUGCUUGCAUGAGGAGCCCAGGCUGCGGCCGUCGAUGCCCGCGGUGGUGGGGAUGCUGGAGGGAAACGUGGAGGUGGGGAAGCCGAGGGUGGAUUUGCUCAACUUCUUGAGGCUUUACGGCCAGGGACCUACGGACCCUUCGCCGCCGGUGACGAGGGGAGGGAUCAGAUUAGCUACUCCGGCCAACGGUAAUCGUACCGCGUCUGACGUGGACUCCGUCACCUACACGGCUGAAGAGUCAAUUCCGGGCCCCAGUAGUUAACUAAACUUCGUUCUUUUGACCUUUUUUUUAUUUUUCAUUUCCAUUUUUAUAUUAUUUUUUGCACAGAAGCUACGCAGAACAGGAUGUUAAUUCUAUGGACAACCUUCAUGGAUCUAUGAAGGGUGUUAAUAACACUUCUGUACAGAAUCGACU